AUGAAAAUUAAUUCUGAAUUAAUUCAAGGGUCUCACCAUUUCAUUAAUCCAUUAAAUGAACGAUAACUAGAUUUAAGAGGUAUUCUCAUAUCUAAUAACAUUCAUAGCCAAAAAAAUCACAGCCAUUGAAAAUCUAGGAGCUACUUUGGUAUCUGUAUUUAUUAUUCAAGGACUUUUUUGAUCAUAUUGAUUUAGGUGAUAAUGAUAUCAAAAAAUUAGGAAAUCUUACAUUAUUAAAAAGGUAAACAAUAAUAUUGUAUCUUCAGAUUAAAAACUUUAAACCUAUCCAAUAAUAGAAUCACAAAAUUGACUGAUAUUUCAGACUCAUUACCCAACAUUGAAAACUUAAUUCUGAUGAACAAUAGACUUACAGACAUUAAUGAAAUGUAUUAAUUAAGAAAUUGCAAAAAGUUAAAGCGCUUGAUUUUGCAUGGUAAUCUGAUCACUCAACAACCUGAUUAUCGCUAUAAAGUUAUAGCCAUUUUACCAAAUCUUAAAGUUUUAGAUUUCAAUAAAGUGACUUUGGCAGUUAAUCCUCUUUAUUUAUGUUUUAGGAACGUGAAAAAGCAAUAGAAUCGUUUAAGCCAGAUGAAUUGACAGAUUAUAUGAAUUUGGUUAACUUAAAAGAUGCCACAAUAGAUAAAGAUCAUAUUAAGAAAUUACUUGAAAAUGCUAAGACAUUUGAUUAAAUUAAUUAGUUGGAAAUGUUGCUUAAAUAAUAAUAAGUAAAAAAUCUAUCAAUCCUUAAUGAUUAAUGA